AUGUCGCAAGCGCGCAAACGUACAAAGGUCGACAAUGAAUCUGUUUCCCAAUUCCAACAGGUUUCAAAUCUGGAGGAACACAGGAUAAAAGAUAUGCCCCUCUCUGAAAUUUACUAUGUGCCCGACUUCAUAUCAAAGGAAGACUCUGACGAGUGGUACAAGGCAUUGCUGGCUCUAGACACCUGGUACCGGCCGACACUGAAGAUCUUCGGGCGCGAAGUGGUGCAGUCCAGAAAAAUUGCAGCAUACUCAACAGACCCAAAUCUCACUCUCAAGUAUAGUGGCCAAAUCGUGAACAUGAAGUACGAAUAUCCAAAAGUCCUCCGCGAAAUCCAAGACAAAGUGGAAGAGCGCCUCGGCGUCAAAUUCAACCAUGUCAUGUUAAAUCUCUACGAAGACGGUAAGGUAUACAUUGGAAAUCACCGUGACAACCUGGAGAACAAAGUCAUAGCAAGCGUCUCGGUCGGAGCUCCGCGGACGUUCAUAAUGACCCGCGACAAGAAGGUGACAUCGAAGCACCCAGAGGGUUCUUCUUCGUCGAAGAUCACAUCUGAAGAAGCAGGCCAAGCCAGGGUCAAUAAUAAGCGCCCAUUCUUCGACAUCUCUGAAUCCUCUCUACAAGUCACUGAGCCAGUUGACCGAAAGAGCUGGAUACUCGAUUCUGGAUCACUAGUUGUAAUGCAGGGAGAUACGCAAAGAUACUGGAAACACGAAAUUCCCAAGUGGAUUUUCCAAAAAGCCAUCAAUAUCGCUAAGCAACCAAGUCGGCUAACCCCUUUAAAACAUCCGCCGACGGAGGCAUCAGCCAAUAAUCAGCAAAAAGCUGUGCACAGCAGAACACAUAAAUUCAAAACACCUACGGGACUAUCUGAUCCCCUUGUUCGCUGGUUCGAACAACGUCGACCACCCCCAAAGACCUCCCGCUCACGAACACACUCCACGACCGCCACGAUUCCGUCCAACAACUCACCCCUGUUAAUGUCCGCGCGCGCCGUUCCAUCGCCCAGGCGCCGGCAGCCUUACUCACCACGAUGUCCUUCACCGCUCGGGCUCCCUCCUCUAGGGUACCCGCCCGCGCAACCGCAACCGCCGCUCGCGCCGCACAUGGCAUUCCAGAGCCCUUCCUACCCGCUCACACCAGAGAGGCACAUCCAACCCAAGGGCGUGUCCGAGUCGCGAGUUCCCUAUCCCCCUGAGGCGCGUCGCCCGCUGGCGGGCACGCAGAGCCAAAGUCGCCCACGAUCCCAACCCGUUCCCCCGCCCUUAAAUUUGAGCUCGGAGCAUCAUCCGCCUACACAGGCUCCGCCACAACCAAAGUACCCUGGCACAGCGCAGCCUGUGGCGAAGCAGGAGAUGACGAUGGUCGUAUCCCCUCCUAGUCCAACACCCAGCGAUACGUCCAGUUUAUCCCUGUACAGCGCGGAAAGCAUCACGAAAGCAUUUCCUGUUGAAGUCGCCCAGCAGCAGCAAGUGCAGAAGAUGCAGCAGGAAGAAGAUGAGAAACCCCCGAGCUUGUUUUGUGGUUGCUUCAAUUUCAAAGCAUGGUUCGGAGGCUCUAAGAAAGCAAGAGAGAAGAAAAUUCUCGGACCGCCAAUUCCUCCGGUCCCCCAACCUGCACCUCAGACUGUUCAAGUCAGACGACGACCGUCACCACUCAAUUUGUGA